UUUUCUUUUAUCAAUCAGAAUCUAUAUUUUAAUGCGAUGCAUUGGAAAGCCCCUCCUUAACUGGCCUCAAAUUUAGGAUUUUUCUUUUUGACAAUUUCGUCCCUAAAUCUGUGGAAUUACCUCAGUGCGUGAGAGCAUGCCACGAACACACGCGCGUUCCCUAGCAUUCGGACGCAUGCCGACACGCGAGCCGCAUUCGUGUCGAAGUCGCACGCGUCACACGCUAAGUGCGAAACGGCCUUUAGAUGAAAAUCGAGUUCGCUCUGCCGAGCCGAUCCCAGCGAAAAGAAACUCGACAGCCGCUUGCCCACAGGCAAAACCCAGCAGGUCAGACAGGAGGCAUCGCGACGGCCUCCCAUCACUCGAUCCCCUCCUCGUCGGCCGAGGGAAGCUCCCGGGUCGAAUCGGAGGCGCGGCCGUCGCCCUCGGGGGACGAAGCGAGGCUCGACCCACGGCGGCUUCAUGGCAGUCUCGCGGCGGAUGCGAAUGCGACGAGAUUUCGCUUGUGGCCUGGGGAUCCGUGCAGCGUCAGCACGAGCAUCUUUGGGCAUGUGCUUGGAAUCCCGGAAAACGGAGGAUCCCACGUCACCAUGACUCCGAUACCAAGGGACAUAAUUUCCUACUCUGCAAGGGAGGGCAACCGGGACGAAGGAAGGCGAAGGGCUGUCAGUGGGGCGGAGGUUUCCUCCCUUCGGCUACCCGGAAUGGCGUCCCCGCUGAAACCUGCAACCACGGAGAAGUUCCUUGAGUUUUGGAACGGAAAAGCCGCGCUGGACCUCGAGUGCAACCGAGUGGCCCGAGACAUGCGAGACAACACCCUGGAGGCCACAGCCGACUGGCACUCCGACGUCAAGGAGUACAAGGUCCUUCAGGUUCGUCUUCGUGGGGUCCUUGGGGACAUUCCAAAGGUCGUUUCCGAAGUUUCCGUUAACGAUCCCUUUCGCCUCCCCGCCCAACAGCGACUGACGGACGCGUGCUGGGUCGUGUACCAAGUGAUGGACCCGAGUCCCGUGGGCGUCAUCGCCAGUAGAGACGUGGUCAUCCUCUCCUACAGUCGCAAGAUCGGAGACACUCACUUCGUAACCAUGAACAGCAUUUUGUGGUCGGGGGUGGAGCCGAGGGAGGAGAUGGUCAGGGCGGAGAUGAAAGAAGGCAGCGGGAUGUCAUUCUCUCCCGAUCCGGAGCGCAACACGACGAGGACCCUGCUGCGCUGGGUGUUCUCGCUGGACUACAAGGUUCCGAUCAUUCCAGCCACGAUCCUGCUCAAGUUCCACGCGGAGGGAUGCCGGCAGUACAUCCUCGGCUUGAGGAAGUACCUGUCGGCCAAGCACCAGCUUCCUCUCGUGGUCUUGCAGGACUGACCCUAUCUAAAGCCGUCGAAUCUCAUCAUCCAUGGUCAUCCUUCUGAAGUGUGACCCCCUUCGGUGGCUAUUUGGGGAACUCAUAGGGAAAUCCCGAUGAAUGUCAUUCCUUUGGAGGUUUCCCACUUCUCACCAUACCGGAAAAUGCAUGACAAUUAAAUUUGCAUGAAAAUAAAAUUGUCAUGCAUAUUUAAUAAGUCACCAUCAUCGUGCAUACCGUGUUUCUUGCAUGGCCGUGAAAUUUGCAUCGCUGAGAAAAUUUUAAAAUAUCUUGUGUCGGAAUCGUUUCCAUGUUUAUGUCUGUGUCAGCAAGUCAGAUGUGGGAGAUGAAAUUUUCUACUGAGUGGUUAGAGGUCCUCCUUUUAUUUUCCGAUGUCACGUAGCGUACCAUAGUUCAGUAUUUAUUGAUGAGGAUAACAUAACGAGGAAUUCAGAUCCUUGAUUGGCUCUUUAAUCGCCUACAUUACAUUUACGAAAUUUCCAAGCCAUCCUCAUAGCUUGCAAAUUCCCGAAGUUUCAGAUUCUUUUUCCUCAAUAGAAUACGCGAGCCUCAUGAUGACCGUUGCGAUAUUGGCUUUAUCGAGCUCAAUCAUGACCUCGAUGGCGUACGAAGGCCUACUUUCCUUCGCAGCUAUGCAC